UCCAAAAAUGGAAUUGUAAAAUUAAUAUUACCUCUUAAUUUUAAUUUCUCAAAAUUAACUAUUUUCCUCUUUCCUCCCAAAAAAGAAAAUUUCAGAAUUUAAUCUCAACUCUAAGAUCAUAAACUAUUUUCUAGUUAUUUUUUUCUGAUUUACGCUUAUUUUUUUAAGUUCUUAAGUUAUAAUUUUACAAAAUUUAAUAUCUAUUUUGAUUCCCUGAUGAGGGUAUCAACUUUCUAACCUAUAAACAAUAACAGAAAAAAUAGAAAUGGCGUGAGUCACUUUGACAGAUAGUUGAAACUAUAAUUAUAUUACUAAUACGUGCGUUCAAGUUCCCUUAUUUUUUUAAAAUAAUUUUGAUUAUAAAAUUUAUCAUCUAUAUAAUAAUAAUAACAACAAAAAUGUCAAAUCGUGAUCCUGAUAAUUUAAUGGUAACAAAUGACGAUCACUUUGAUUUUCUAUUUAAAAUUGUUCUAAUUGGAGAUUGUGGAACGGGAAAGACUUGUGUCGUACAAAGAUUUCGUUCUGGGAAUUUCAUUGAAAAGCACGGUAGCACAAUAGGCGUUGAUUUUUCAAUUAAAACCGUUUUAAUCGAUGGAAAAAAAGUAAAGUUACAAAUUUGGGACACUGCCGGACAAGAAAGAUUUCGAACAAUUACACAAAGUUAUUACAGAUCUGCUAAUGGGGUAAUUGUAGUGUAUGACAUCACGAAACGUUCUAGUUUUUUAAGUCUACAACGAUGGAUAGAAGAAGUUCGUAAAUACUCUUCAUCUCACGUUCUAUUAAUUUUAGUUGGUAACAAAAGCGAUUUGGAAGAAUCAAGAGAAGUGCAAAAAUCGGAGGCAGAAGCGGUUUGCGAAUAUCUUCCUGAGGUUUUAAAUGUUCUGGAAACUUCAGCGAAAGAUAAUACGAAUAUUGACUCGAUAUUUUACUGUCUGGCAUCAGAAUUAAAGAGACGUUACGAGAAUCGUCAGAUUACUCAAACUGAAAACGACGUCAUAAAACUUGGAAGUGGUCGUGAACUUUCAACAUGUUCGAGUUGUUCGCAUAAAAUACUUUAAUUUAUUUUUGCCAAAAAAAUAACUUUUUUUUACAAAAAUUAGUUUAAUAAGUAUCAUAAUAUUCAACUCAAAAUUAACUCCUAAUUAAAAUCUAUAUAUUUUUUUCUAACUAAACGAAAAAAAGUACCUGAAUUCGAAAGAAAAAAUUAAAUUUCAAAAGCGAUAUAGAGUAGUACCGACAGAAGUGGGCCACACUUUGGUUUCCAUGCUUUAGAAUAUUCAGAAAUUAACAUUUUUGAACACUUUUUGCGUUUCCCAGUAAUAUAAGGGGUGAAUUAAAGUGGAUUGGCACUUUUAUGCUCUUAAAUUCCAAACCAAUUCCGUUUUUGUCCGCAAUCUUAAUGCAUUCCUUUUCUAUUGUUAAAUUGAUAAUUUCUAUCCAAUUCAAUUCUCUGUAACCACGUGACCUGAAUUUGAGAAUCCCCUUUAAUGCCUUUUAAAGAAUUCAAUGUUAAUUAAAAGGUAUUAACUCCACAACAAAUGAUUCCCUUAAACGGCAUUAAAGUAAAUUUAGACUCUGGUCACAUGAUUACAGAGAAUUGAAUUAAAUAGAAAUUAUCAAUUUAACAAUAGAAAAGGAAUUCAUUAAGAUUGCGGACAAAAACGGAAUUGGUUUGGAAUUUAAGGGCAUAAAAGUGCCAAUCCACUUUAAUUCACCCCUUAUUACUGGGUUAUUUGUACAGAAAGGGGUUACCUAACUUUAGGCAAACACACAUUUAAAAAUUUUUAAUUUUAACAUAUUGUUUAACAUCGUUAUGCAAAAAAAGAGAAAUUUGCGAUCAUGAUUUUGUUGACAGAAGUGGGCCACCUAAGUUUUUUAUCUAAAAUAAAUAAAAGGAUCAAGCACUAUGAUUGUUUAUGUUAAAUGAAUAAUUUUUUUAACAAAUAUAGUAUUGUAAAACCGAGCAGAAGCAGUGCGUUCCGAAAUUUUAUUAUUUUUAAUUUGAUUUAUAGCAUAAAGUAAUUUGUCGUAGUCAAUGAGUUCAUAGCCAGUCGGUUUAGCCUUUCUUGGUGGCAUGAUUGCUAAAAAUUCAAAUUAAUUCAUAGAACCACUUCAUUAAUUUAUACAAAAUCACUAAAUGUCAAAUCAGAACGUCAAUGCAGUGGCCCACUUCUGUUUUCAGAAAAUGGCCCACUUCUGUCCACAAGCAUAAUUUGACGAGAAAUAACGUGGCCAUAACACCUAGCGACAAUUUGAAACAGUCCCUUUAAAUUUUUUAAAGUUAGGUCUGAUACUAUAAUAAAGGCUACUUGCCCGAUUGAAUUCUAUGAAUACCUUAUGUAAACAACGAUAACUUCUACAAUGAGAAAAAAAGAAAAAGUAGAUAAUUUUUGGCACUAAUUGCUGGAGAACACAAUUGUACGUCGCACUCUUUAAUGACUAACUGAAAAUCGACCUUCUGUUGAUAACAAAAGAAAAAAAAUUUCGGUUGAUAG